AUGGCCCCCUAUUACGCUGUCGAGGCUGCAGAGCCUCAUCUACUCAGGCGCGAUCUUACGGUCAAUCACACCCAAGCUGUGACUCUCGGGGUGAUGGCGGCCUAUGUUGUCGUGAUCGCACUUUUAUGGAAUCUGCCCUACGUGCGCUGGUCCCUCUGGCCGUUCAAGAUGUUAGUUAUUGCUUUCCAUGAAUUUGGCCACGCCAUCACCGCAUGCUGCACAGGAGGCCGAGUCAAAUCUAUAUCGCUGGAUCCCCAUGAGGGUGGAGUGACACAUAUGCAAGGCGGCAUCACAGCCAUCACGCUCCCGGCUGGCUAUCUCGGCUCCUCCAUCAUCGGAGCCCUCUUGAUUUUUGCCGGCUUUAAUAUUAUCGCCAGCAAAGUCGCCAGCAUCAUUCUGGGAGUCUGCUUUUUGCUCACUCUCUGGUGGGCCCGGCGGGAUUGGUUGACGAUUCUGACGGUUCUUCUUGCCGUGGGAUUGCUGGUGGCAUGCUGGUUCAUCGCGCAUGGAGAAGCUCUGAAAUGGGUUGUACUUUUCAUCGGCGUUAUGUCUGCUCUGUACAGUGUCUGGGAUAUUUGCGACGACUUGAUUCUGCGCAAAGUCAAUUCCUCCGAUGCCAGCGUUUUUGCAAAGAGAUACGGAGGCUCGUCUCGCUGCUGGGGGAUUCUCUGGUCCUUGAUCUCAUUGCUCUUUAUUGCCAUUGCAAUUGUCGCAGCCCUCGCAGCAUUUCCUCAGUCUUUCAGCCAACAGGAGGACGAUUCGAAGCACUUUCUCCCGACGCGAAUGUUUUAG